GUCUCUCUGGUGCCUCUCGGUUGGCUGGGCUCAGCAAAUUUGUGUUACUGCGUGCCAUAUCAGUACGACAUUGCUCCUCUAUGCCAUAUUCUGCCCAGGGACGGAUAUUGGCGGGUUGCUAGGCAGUUGUUCUGAACGAUGGCUCCGGUCCAUUGAGGCUGCCCAUUAUGCCCUUUGCUGGCGGAGCGCUCCGCAACCCAAGGGAUGAAACUCCUGUCAUCAUAUUCUUGGUGAAUUUUUCCUGGAGGUCUAAACGCCUUGAGGCUUUCUAGACCUCCUGAAACACGCCGACGUGACAAUCGCUCAAAGACGUCGCUCCUAACGACGCCGGCACCGGCGAUUGCGAUUACAUCUUCUAUGUGCAGUACGUAGCAGUAUCCCUGUCGGCUCUAUCGGAAACCCCUGGAACGGCGGAACGGGAGCUCUCUAUUUUCAAAACCAUGUUGAAGGCGCAGCUGCCUUUGUGCUCCAAUUGACCGGGAAAAUCGACUUGUAUCAUCUCUAUCAGCACGGCCGCUCGUCCUCAUUGCUUAUUAGGCAGCUAGUGACGCCGUCCGUCGUCAGCUCUAUCCUAGCGACGGCGACUGCAUCUCGUAUCUGCGCGGCCUAUACGACAGUACUUAACAGACCUUCGUACAUCUUCUCAUGCAUUCGUCGCCCUGUUGAUCAGAGCUGCCACAGACUCUUAUUUGCGCCAACGUCUUAUCCUCCUUCUCUCCUGUUGUGCUCUUAACAAGAGCUGAACUCGCUCGUUCAACAUCCUGCCAUUGAAGCUUUUGACGCCGCAAUGGAUUCUCCACUCUCAGCCGGUCCUUACCGCCCCAUCCAUGGUGCCUAUGUUCGCGACAAAACCGACGCCCUCAUCCUGUGCCAGGCCGCACACGAUGGUCUCGUACAACAGGCAUCCCAGAAGAUAUCCAUCCAGCAGCGAAAGCAACUCGCGACAAGUGGUUCGCUGUUUGUCUUUGAAAAGAGCACUGCAGAGAUGGAACGGUGGACUGACGGAAGAGGUUGGAGUCGAAGCCGGCAGCUUCCCGAUAAGUUCUUCGUCUACUUCGAAGAAUACACCAACUCGAAUAAUAUGAACUCAGCCGGCCUGAGCAAUGAAGAAACCACGACUCCAAAACGUACGAAACGGAGCGAUCCGUCCGACUUAAUCGGCAAUCUUGUUGGCCCCUUGCGCUACCUCUCUGGGUUUUCGACUCAGGUGCUCAUCAAAAAGACAAUUACCCUGAAGUUUCCCGGCAAAGAAUGGCACGUCGUUUCAUACUUCACCGUUGACGACGUGCUCAGCGGCAAGCUUCCCGCUGUGAGCGACUCCUCCCUAUUCCAAGGAUCGCUGUCACAUGUUGCGCACGCCUCCCACUCUAUGGGUCCAAUGAUACCAUCACCCCCGCCGAGCAUGCCACCCAGGCAAGGUCGCAUGCGAUCCAGCACCUGGUCCAACGGUUCAGAACCAGCUGCGGGGCUCAUGCACCAACAAGUCGUCCAAGAUCAGCACACAACGCAUCGGGGUCUGCAAUCGCGGGUGAUUGCGCCACCAAGGCUGGAAUCUCAUCCUGGAUACAACACAAUGAAUGGGAUAAUUCCAGUCAACGGAAAUCUAGGAUCCGGACCAACAUCCCCCGUCCGUCGUACCGGCCCGUCUCUGACACCUCUUGACACGUCUUUGCCUAUGUCCCCUAAUCGGCGCGCGAGUGCGCCCACCGCUCCAAUCGGCUUCCUCACUCACAGCCGUGGUCAUUCUGGCGCGAGCUCGCCAAAUUCGGCCACCUUCAGCUACUCACCGAUGCCCUUCCAGUUCCCUACACUAUGCACACCACCAUUCGGAACCAUUGCGCAGCACUCCCUUGGCGAACAUGGGGCCUUUCCGGUGGCAUCACGAGGUAUUCCACCUAUGACGCUCCCAUCCCCGCAACAGUCUAUUGCCUAUCAGUCCCCACCAUCGUCGGGCCGCAUGAACAUGGCACCUUGGGGCUUCCCCGAAACUCACGCGCCCCUGUCACCAUCCGCAUGUUUCGACUUCGAAGCCUAUGCCUCCAGUCUGACACCUGACAAGGGUUCAUCGCAGAGCUCCCCAACCAUGUCCGAUCUCCCCGUCGGCGGGAGCUUCCAAGGCGCUGCAACAUCCUCAUCGACUGUUAUCGAUCCGUUUCUCGAUGUAGGACACUGGGGUUUCGAGAACGACGGUGCAAGGGACUGUGUACACGAGCAGAUCACACCCAAGGCGUUCGAGCACGGGCCUAUCUCUUUCGACGGCGGGCUCAUGCUGAGCAACGAUGCGGAUGUUACUAUGGACUUCCAAAUGCAACAAUGGAUCGACACUAAUUGUCACACCCAGUGGCCAGCCCACGCGUGAAUCCCUCCUAUCGGACAUUCCUUACGAACAUUCCUUACUUAUUACCUGCGCCCCCCUUGUAAAAGUACGUGUUACUGUCAUCCAUCAUGUUUUAAUCCAGAUACAGUAGCACACCUACCCC